AUGGCUAAGAAGUCCGAUAGUGCAGCUGGCAAGCUAAUAACAGUAUCUGUCCUAGGAUUAUCUGGAGCGCGGCGCGCGCGGUUUUACCGCGCCCCCGCGCGGAAGGGCGCGGCGAACCGCAGGAUGCCGCGGGCGAAAACCGAUAUAACUCUGAUGAAUGAUAUAACUCUUACUCAAGUGACUUCUGACUUCAGCGGUCGCGUGGUGAACAACGACCACUUCCUGUACUGGGGCUGCGUGCAAAAGGAGUAUGAUGAAACUGAAUACCGCUUUGAAGUCGUUGAGCAGACGGAGUUUGUUGAUGACGCUUGCUUUCAGCCGUUUAAAGUGGGAAAAACAGAAACCUAUGUAAAACGCUGUGUUGCCACAAAACUCCAGUCAGCUGAGAAACUGAUGUACGUCUGUAAGAACCAGCUUGGCAUUGAGAAGGAGUAUGAACAAAAGACCUUGCCUGAUGGGAAGCUCAGCGUUGAUGGAUUUCUCUGCGUUUAUGAUGUCAGUCUGGUGCCGGGGAGAAGCUGGGAGAAACAGAACGACACCUUAGCAGCAAUUCUCCAAAACAUCCUGAAGCUCAAGAAACCAGUGGUGUUGGUAACAUCAAAGAACGACGAGGCGUGUGAACAGGGAGUUAGAGAGGCUGAACGGCUGGUGCAGAGGAAGGAGUUCAAAGGGUGCAUCCCGAUUGUUGAGACGUCCAGCCAUGAUAAUGUCAAUGUGGAACAGGCGUUCUGCUUGCUUGCGCAGAUGGUUGAUAAAACGAAAGCCAGAAUUAAGGUUGCCAACUACGCAGAGGCGUUGCGAAUAAGGAGAGAGACACUAGACUUUGUCACUGAGGCGUUCACGCAGCUCAUUAGAAUACACGUUCUGGACCACAAAGAGAUGUGGUCGUCAGCCAGCAAGAGAUUGUGUCAUUAUCCUGAAUGGGUCAAAUUUGUGCAGCAAUUUGGGAACGAUGGCACUCAAGUGGUAUUCCGGCGUCACAUUAGAAGGCUUAAAGAAGAACGAUCAGCUAAGAAACUUCGUAAGCAACUCGCAAAACUGCCGCAGGUGUUGUCUCGAAUGCAGCUGCCCACUGAUGGGCUUACCGAGGCUGACUGGCCCGUGGUAGUCCGUCAGCUACGAGCGCACCGAGAUUUCUCCGUGUACUUCAGCGCAGGCCGCGAAGGACGCGCUCCGGACAGCGGCUCCGAGUCCGGUUCUGAACUCGACAGCCCUCUGUCCCACGAUACCACGCUACGAGUCGGAGAGAGGGCUAAUCGAUACCAGACCUUGGGGCAAUCUCAGAAGAUACCGUAUGAGAUAUUGGAAACAAACGAAGCCGCGUCCGUUUUCAAGACAUUCCUGCACGAAUCUCAGGAGGAGCAAAGACAUUAUGAAUGGUGCCAACAAUUCAAGCGUCUGCUGGAAGAGACAGGCUACGUAACACCGGGGAAACAACUUUCCGAAGUCCGCGUACUGCUUAUGGGAAGGGAAUGCUACGAAGCUUUAAGCGAGGAUCAGCAACAACGAGUCUACGAUCAGCAUCAGAGGCAGAUACAACGUCGCGCUAAGCAUAAUUUCCAGGAGCUUCUUCUAGAGCACGCGGACCUAUUCUACCACUUCAAAAGCAUAUCCCCAACGGGCACAAUAACGCAGGAAGAUAUAAAAGAGAUUACAGACGUUCUCCAAGAUGAUUUUCGUUAUAAAAUGCUCGAUCGCAUGGAGCAAGAUCGGAAGUUAAUGUUGUUCCAACAUUUGGGAUUCGUGCAUUGUCCCAUGAGAGAACAUUGUCCCGCUGGUGCCAAUUGUUUGGAUGGAACUUUGCCUGUUAUUCUUAAUACCAAAGUUGGUUCUUUAACUUCGACUGGAGAGUCCCAGUGCCAUGCUGGCCCGCCGGCAGCGCCGUGGGCGCUAACGACGGAUUCCAAUCAAAUUAACAUUAUCAUUUUAGGGGUGGAAGGAAUAGCAGGUGAAUUCGGCAAGCGCUUACUAGCGGGAUGUGACGCGGACAAGCGCAUUAGCAUCCAGGGCCAGUCGUGGCGCGUCGAGCAGCGCGUGCGCACUGAUGAUUUCAGCACUGAAACCACUGCCAUUGACGAUUUCGCUCCUAAUGGGUAUUUCUGCGUUUAUCAAGACCAAGAGUCAUUCGAGUACAUCAGAGGGUGCGCCGAGAAGACGUUGUUGUCCAGUCUUGAGCAAGACGACAAACUGCCUUUUCAAGGUUUGCCUUUGGUUGUGAUGUUCGUUCAAGAUGAAGGUAUGGACAAGAAGGAGAUCACGAGACUGCAAGAGGAUGGCCAGAAUCUUGCCGACAACUUACACUGCUCUUACAUGGAAGCGACAAUCAAUGAGUUAGGCACAGAAGCUUUAACCGCGGAUGCGAUACAGGAGCUGAUCAGAGCAAACCGUGACAAAGCCAGUUACGCGCACUUGUAUAGAGAUCUUAUUGUGUGCUUCGACUCUGAUAUACGGAUAAUGGUGUGCAUGUUCUGCGACGACCCGUUCUCCCCUGAGCGCGUAUUGAGUCCUCUGCUGUCACAUCGCGCCUGCUUCCUCACCGGCGACCGUUCCAUUGUCAUUGAGACCUUCCUCGGAGACUCCAAGAGGAAAGUUGAGGUCAUCAUAACAAGCUACCACGGAGCGAGUCAGUUCAGAGAAGAAUUGAUUCAUGGUUUCAUCCUGAUCUAUUCGGCGAAAAGAAAAGCCAGCUUGGCCACUUUAAAUGCUUUCUCAAUGAACAUUCCCAACUUACCGAUUCAAAUGGUAGCCGUAACAGACGGCGGUGGCUCGGCAGCUAGUGCGUUCUUCGGCACAGAUUUAGGCCACGCGCUCAUCACUGAAGGCAACGCCACGGCCGACAGGCUGGGAGCGCAUUUCACUACUUAUACUUCAAGCGGAGAAAAUAAGUCGGCGUUCUACACACCGUUCUUCAAGGAGGUAUGGGAGCGCAAAGGCGAGAUCGAGCGUGCCUUCCGCAUGGAGCAGCCGCACAACCUUCCUGAUGUCGCCACCGCCAGACCUACGCCACCCCCUAGGAAUCACUCUUAUCAUCUUAACCACAAAAUGGAGCAUAAACUCACCAACUCGCUCGACCUCCUCAUCGGGCCGGAUUCACGGGCCGAUAUCGAUUCGGAAUACAGCGACACCUUGAAUAACUCCAAAAAUAGAGGUUUUUUGAAAGGAUUUAGUGUGUAUCCCCCGCCGAGUACCCCACCAGAGCCGGCGCCACCCGAUCACAGAAUGCACGAUUUGUCACCGGAUCUCAACUGCUCCGAGGAUUCUCUCAGCACGCACGAGUCAGAUGGAGGUGGCCUCUGGCAGCCUACAAGCUACGGUCACCGCGCUUUCACCACAGGACGGACAAGAGCCCAUCCGCAGCAACAGAGAGUGCGGCAUUCGCAAACUUUGAAGCAACCCGGCAAAUUGGAUUUGAACAAUUACACAAUGGUGAGCGACGCCCUGCAACACAUCACUAUUGGAACACCGCACACUAGAGACAGAAAAUCCCAGCGGUCCGGAUGGUCGCACUCGAGCAGUCAACCUGGCGGGCAUCACCAUCCUUCAGGGGUCAGCUCUGAGACUGAACUAGACGCACAAUACGCACAGAUUAAAGAUCCCAACGAAUACAUGGAAGCGCCGUCUAUGAUGCGAUUGAGAAGACACCGAAGGCAUGACAAAACACCGUUACAUCAACCUUCUUUCUCGGAAACCGACAGCUCCGGUUCAAGCGAAGCAUCAGGCGGUGGUGCUAGGGUCCACUCUCGUCGACGACAUAACACGCAUCACGCCCCGAGACACUAUAAGAAACGAUCGUUAGGUAACCUAGUAGCAGUGCAGAGUCCUCGAGUUCCAAAGCUGGGUAUGUUCGUUGGACCACCUGAACUACCCACUGGAUACAGAGCGAGGACACAAGAGGAUAAAGUAGCGAGUGACUCCAGUGAAGGCAGCUCUGAAGGCGACACGAGAAGACCAAGGCCGUUGCCCCCACCGCCGCAUCACGAACCUGCACAUAAGAUAUUAGGAGGCGAAUACCCGUCAUCUGCUCAAGAUAAUUCUUCAUCGAGUGCGCCCGACACCAGACGUAGACAACAUCCUUUUAGCAAGCAUGAUCGGCGACAUAAGGAAUUCUCAAAGAGCAAGGAGUCGAAGAAAAAUUCAACAACACAGCCGCCGCCACCGUCUGUCCAAAUUGGACCUGUGGGUCCGCAUGGAGUACCUCUAUUCGUAGAAAAAUGCAUAUCGUUCAUUGAGCGAGAGGGGUUGGCUUCCGAAGGUCUCUACAGGGUGCCCGGCAAUCGAUCACAUGUCGACAUGCUCUUCAAUAAGUUUUAUGAGGAUCCGAAUGUCGACCUGGAGUCGCUAGACAUUCCUGUGAAUGCGGUGGCAACGGCGCUCAAGGAUUUCUUCUCUAAGAAGAUGCCUCCAUUGCUCGAUGAGGCCAGCAUGCAGCAGCUAGAGGAUAUUGCAGCAAUGCGCGGCUGCAUCGCGGGUGGUGUGGAGCUGAAGGACCGCAGCUGGCGGCUGCUAGCGCUACGGUCACUGCUCUCUUCCGCGCUGCAGCCCACGGCCAGAGCCACUCUGGAUCUGCUGUUGGACCAUUUUUCCAGAGUGGCGGACAACUCGAAACUAAACUCAAUGGAUAGCAAGAAUCUAGCAAUUUGUUGGUGGCCAACCCUCUUACCAGUGCAGUUCUCCGACAUGGGUCGGUUCGAAAUGUGCCGACCGUACCUGGAGGAUAUUGUUCAGACGAUGAUUGAUCAACACCCUUUUCUAUUUCGAGGACGAGAGGCUUUUGUUAUGGUGUGAGAAUCACAUGAACCCACAAUGCAAGUUGCAUUCGUGAUGGACGACGUCUGACGUUUACGUGAUGUUCAGACGAACAUGGCAGUAUAGGUCGUUGAUCUCGCCGCAAGUGAGGUUAUACAUACGACAGGCAUAGAAUAAGUUUGGCUAUAUUGUGUACUGCGAUUACGGGCAACUUGAAAAGGCAAUUGUCAAAUGGAGAUGGUAUGCUGUCAAGUGGCUUUCCAGUUUGACCGUGUUAUAGCUAUUGUUGUUUGUAGGUUUUUAAUAAAUAACCAGUGUCUCAGUAUUGGAUGGCGAAUUUUUAAAGCGUUGUUUAGAGAACGCUAUGGUUUUU